AGCCCCCGGCAUCGCACGCGCACCACAAUAUCUGCGCCUUCUGGUGAGAGUACGUGCGUUGCUCUUGCAGGCAUUUGCACGCGUGGUGACCAUGGAGCUGCCCAGCGCCGCGCUCGCGCUGAUCCUCGCCGCGGCGGCCACGCUCUCCGUCGCAGUGGCCUACGACCCGCUGGAUCCCAACGGGAACAUCACCAUCAAAUGGGACGUUCUCUCGUGGACGCCAGACGGAUACGUCGCGACGGUGACGAUCAACAACUUCCAGACGUACCGGCAGAUCAUGGCGCCGGGGUGGACGGUGGGGUGGACGUGGGCGAAGCGGGAGGUGAUCUGGUCCAUGGUGGGCGCGCAGGCCACGGAGCAGGGCGACUGCUCCAAGUUCAAGGCAAACCUCCCACACUCGUGCAAGCGCACCCCCGCCGUCGUCGACCUGCUCCCGGGCGUGCCCUACAACCAGCAGAUCGCCAACUGCUGCCGCGGCGGCGUCGUCUCCGCCUACGGCCAGGACCCGUCCGGCGCCGUCUCCUCCUUCCAGGUCAGCGUCGGCCAGGCCGGCACCACCAACCGCACCGUCAAGGUCCCCAAGAACUUCACCCUCCUCGGCCCCGGCCCCGGCUACACCUGCGGCCCCGCCAAGGUCGUCCCCUCCACCGUCUUCCUCACCGCCGACCGCCGCCGCAAGACCCAGGCCCUCAUGACGUGGAACGUGACGUGCACCUACUCGCAGCACCUGGCGUCCAAGUACCCGUCCUGCUGCGUCUCCUUCUCCUCCUUCUACAACGACACCAUCGUGCCGUGCGCCAGGUGCGCGUGCGGCUGCGAGCACAAGACCUGCGCCCGCAGCGAGCGGGACUCGAAGCGGCUCAUGCCGGCGUCGUCGGGGAAGAGCGCGCACGCGGUCACCGCGGCACUGCGCGGGCACGUGAACCGGCAGAGCGCGGCGCCGCUGCUGCAGUGCACGACGCACAUGUGCCCCGUGCGCGUCCACUGGCACGUCAAGCUCAACUACCACGACUACUGGCGCGCCAAGGUGACCGUCACCAACUUCGACUACCGCACCAACUACACCGGCUGGACGCUCGUCGCCCAGCACCCCAACCUCGACAACAUCACCCAGGUCUUCAGCUUCGACUACAAGCCCGUCGUCUCCUACGGCUCCAUCAAUGACACGGCGCUGUUCUACGGGAUGAAGUUCUUCAACGACCAGCUGAUGGAGGCGGGGCCGUACGGGAACGUGCAGUCGGAGGUGCUGAUGCGCAAGGACGAGAGCACAUUCACGUUCAGGCAGGGGUGGGCGUUCCCGCGGAAGAUCUACUUCAACGGCGACGAGUGCCGGAUGCCUCCGCCGGACUCCUACCCUUACCUGCCCAACUCCGCGCCGGCGCCGCUCGUGAGCUCCGCCUCCGUCGUCGUCGUCGCCUUCUUGGUUCUCCUCGUGGCAUGAGCGUCGGAGGCGGCCAUGAUGUUUUGCCUGUAGAUCAUAGGAGAACGUUUUGGGCUUCAAGAUUGACAUCGGUUGUGUUUUGAUCUGGAUAUAAUUAAACGCAAGUUUUUUCCCCAUUUCAAGUAGAGCACGCAGGACAGGAGCAUGAUUUCGGUAGAGGAAUAUGUCUGUGUAACACAAUCAGGUUGGAGUUUGCAUCUCCCGUUUCUGACCCAUAGCACUUUCUUCUGUUCA